GGGAGGCGGCGGGACCGGGACCGGGAGCGGGAGCAGAGCGGGGCCGGGCCGGGAGGCUCCCGUUGGGCGGCGGGGGUGGGGGAUCCGGCUCCGCUGCCCUCCCGCCCCUCAUAAAGCUUUGAUGAGACACUUGAGCCGCCGCCUGUGUUGCCGGGGCGGCGGGAGGCGGCCGGUGGGACUGGGCGCCCGGGAGAGGAUGUGACUUCCCGGAGGGGACCCGGACAGGCUUUGUGUGGACGACGAGUUCCACCAAGUGAGAAGAGUGAUGACCAUCCUUUUCCUUACUAUGGUUAUCUCAUACUUCAGUUGCAUGAAAGCUGCCCCGAUGAAAGAAGCUAGUGUAAGAGGACAAGGCAGCUUGGCUUACCCAGGUCUUCGGACCCAUGGGACUCUUGAGAGCCUAAACGGGCCCAAUGCUGGUUCAAGAGGACUGACAUCGCUGGCGGACACAUUUGAACAUGUCAUAGAGGAGCUUCUAGAUGAGGACCAGGACAUCCAGCCCAGCGAGGAGAACAAGGAUGCAGACUUGUACACAUCCCGAGUCAUGCUAAGCAGUCAAGUGCCUUUGGAACCCCCACUGCUCUUUCUGCUCGAGGAGUACAAAAACUACUUGGAUGCUGCAAACAUGUCCAUGAGGGUCCGGCGCCACUCUGACCCAGCUCGCCGCGGGGAACUGAGCGUAUGUGACAGCACGAGCGAGUGGGUGACGGCGGCAGAGAAAAAGACUGCAGUGGACAUGUCCGGGGCGACUGUCACAGUCCUGGAAAAAGUCCCGGUACCCAAAGGCCAACUGAAGCAAUACUUCUAUGAGACCAAAUGCAACCCCAAGGGGUACACAAAGGAGGGCUGCAGGGGCAUAGACAAGAGGCACUGGAACUCCCAGUGCCGAACUACCCAGUCUUACGUGAGAGCUCUCACCAUGGAUAAUAAAAAGAGAGUUGGCUGGCGCUUUAUAAGGAUAGACACUUCCUGUGUAUGUACAUUAACCAUUAAAAGGGGAAGAUAGUGGAUUCGUGUUGUAUAGAUUAUAUUGAGACAAAAUUAUCUAUUUGUAUAUAUACAUAACAGGGUAAAUUAUUCAGUAAAAAAUAAUUUUAUGGACUGCAUGUAUAACUGAAGUUUAUACAGUACAGUGGUUCCACAAUCUAUUUAUUGAACAUAUCCAUGACCUGAAGGGGAACAAAAGUCAUUUGCGCACAAGUUUAAAAAAAAAAAACAAAAAAAAAAAAACAAAAAAAAAGGAAAACAAGCAAACAAAAAAGUCUGCAUUACAUUCCUCGAUAACAUUGUGGUUUGUCGCCGUUGCCAAGAAUUGAAAAUAUAAAAAGUUUAAAAAAAAAAAAGAAUAAAAUUGCAUGCUGCUUCAAUUGUGAAUUGAUGAUAAACUGUCCUCUUUCAGAAAAAUAAAUUGAACCAAAACAUUCCGUUUACAUUUUAGACAGUAAGUAUCUUUAUUCCUGUUAGUAUUAUAUCUGUUUACUGCUUUUAACUUCUGAUAGCGUUGGAAUUAAAACAAUGUCAAGGUGCUGUUGUCAUAGUUCUACUGUUUCUCUUUUACUUUUGAAUUCCCAUCAGAUUGAGAAAAAAAAAAAAAUCAUUACCUUAUUCUGGAUUUAAAAAAUUGUUUUUUGUAUGUUGUGAAGGUGUUUGCGAUAGCAGUCCAACUACUGACAAAAAAAAAAAAAUAAAAAAAGAGGCAACUGAAAAAGAAUGGUGAUGUUCCACUUCACAUUGUUGAACUUCAGGCUUAAAGACAGCACUUAUUUUAACUGUAUGGCAACAUGCUUUUUGGGGCUCUUUUUUUUUUCUUUUUUUUUUUUAAUUUGCUGUCUUUUGAGACCUGCAUUUGCUUAUACCAUGUUUGUUUGUGUUUGGGGUUUUCUCUUUUUGCCCCCCUUCCUCCCUCUGGAAAGAUGUUGGUUGUCAUCUUUAAAAUGUUUCACUUACCAUACAACUGGAGCUUGUCAGAUAGAAAAUAUUCUAUAGGGUGCUGAGAGCAAUGAUUUUCAUGUAAUAAAAGACUCUGUGCUUGGAUCAAACGUCUUGGUGAAGGACAAGAAUGUUGUAGCAAGAUGAUAGUGGAUCUGAAAUCAGGUUGGUCAUGGGGCUGGGUAGCUCAGCCAGUUCAGGGACAAAUAACGGUGUUAGGAGUUGACUGAGGCUAUCCAAUCUGUAGCCAGCACUGCGUGUGGUCCUGUGCAUCCUCUGAGUGUUGCAGGUAGCACAGCCUUACCCUCCAGAGCUUGUCCAGCAGCCCCAGGUCCGCAAAAUGCGGCGUGCAAACUGCUGUGGCAUCCCUGCCCGAAGGAGCCCUGGGGAAGAGCUAGGGCGUGAGGCAGACAGAGGCCCUGCCUCUAAGUGAAAGCAAUUAGCCUUGACGUUCGUGUGGCUCUACUUCUGCUGUCAGCCUUACUUUAUGAAACAAAUAUUGGCAUAAAAAAUACUCUGAAGUUCGUGAAGAGCAAGUGCUGGAGGAGUUGGCUUAACAUUGCUUAGGUUUUGAUAGACGUGUUUAGCCCUGCGCUACCCCUCUAACUGUUCUGACAGGAGUAUGUCUAAAAAGGCAGGGUGUAAGCUGAAGAGCUGUGCAUAGCACUUGCACUGACUACAGUGGGCAGAGAGGCAGGAACAGCUCGUUAAUGAGCUCACUGAAGACAGAUGCUAUAUUUGUAAUUCCUGUAGAUGAAGAAGAGUAGCUGAACGAAGAGGAAAAUACGCUAAAACAUAACUGCCUCUGAAUGCUGCAGAAUCUGCAUUGGUCUGUCUUGCUCUUGAAGUUAAUUAAAAACCUGGACUGGGCAAAGCUUGUCUGAAAUACGAUCCCCCAUGAUAAUUCCCUUUGAAGACUAUAUCUGAUGCUGAGUUUAUGUCAUUACUAGUAGAAACCCGUGCUAGAAGCUGAGAGACACUUUCAAAAUCAGUGAUCUCUUCUACUUAAGCUAGAAGGGCCUCCCCUUCCCUAGGAUAACUGACUAUCCAAGGGGAACCAUCCCAGCUGAAAAUAGAAACCUUUUGCACUGGCCGUGUGUUUGCUGGACAAUGAAUUAGAAGAGAAAGUUGUGUGACCCACCUGAACCUCACUCCAGCCUUCCCAAUCAAUUGCAGAAAUUCAGGCUUCCACACAGAAAUCAGAAGUGACGAAAAACCCUACUGAAAUGUCUCAAAACUUCUGCUGAAGUAUUCUUCAUGCAAAUUGAACAUCGGUGUAAGGGAGAAUUUAAUGUCACUCUGGCUAGUAUCUGUAUGCGUAUUAUAAUUCUGUGCAUUUGAUAACGCAGGCGUGGCUCAGGAGCUAUGCUCAGCAGUAUUCCUAAACUACAGCAGAGGGACGGUGUAAUGGUGGCUGCCCUCAAAACUGGGGUGGGCUGCUUAGGAAAGGGCAAGGGCGAUGCUAAUGAGUGAAUAACAAACAGAUCACUCGUCUAGACCGGAAAAAGAAAUGCUAGCUAGGAUGUGACAGUAAUCUAAUUCAGAUACAGGAGUAAAAUAAUUCCCAGCUCAAAUAAAUUGGAUUUCCAAAAGAGGAGUAUUAAUGCAUAAAUCAUGCUAGAGAUAAAGUUCCUCAUUUCCUGAUGUUAAUUAUGGAACUAUCCGUAAGUCAGAAGUCCUCACCUGGGGUGAGUAAGGGUGGCACGGGUGUGGCAGAAUUAAAACAGUGGGAUGGUGGGUUCGGAGGGGUAAAGGGCAGCCCAGGCGAGUGGGGGACUAAGGGAUGGAGUUGAGAACCCACAGAAGAACCGUGUCCUGUAAGUACCGAGGGCGAUACUCCCCGUAAGGCGCCAGUCCUGUGCCUACUGACAGAACAUGAAACUGGCAAUUAAACUGCAGUCCCGCGGCUCUCACCCGCCUGACCGAAUACAUCCACGAUCCCCGGCUUGGCAGUUCUGGUUAAAACAGAGGUGGGGGCGGGGGGUGGUUUUCUUUCAUGUCACUUAAUUAAACUCUUGCUGUGGUCUGUUUGUGACAAAGGUAUAUCAUGCAUGUCAGCAGGCCUAGUGCUGUGUUAAAGUAAAGACUCUUGCAACUGUAAGUUAAUGUCUGUGGCCUUGUUCUCUAUUAUUCACCUUGUGUAACAUAAAUAUUUAUUGUAUAUUUAUAUAAUUUUAUGUUUUUUGGGAAAAACUGAAAUUGGCAUUAAAAUUUAAAAGCAACUGCGUCAUAUUGUAAAUAUAAUUAAGCUAUAUUUAA